AAUAGGCAAAUGAAAAAUAAAAUAUAUGAACAGAUUUAGAUUCGCUACAUACAGUAAACCUUUUGAGGAAUAUUAUAAAAUUAUCUUCCAAUUAACUAAGUUGGCCUUACAUAUUUAACGAUUCCGCAAUUUUAAUUAAUUAAUUAUCCAGUUCCAAUUUUUGGUUUCUAUAGGGCAAGGCCGCAAUACAGAAAACUCAAAUCUUCUCACAAAAUAUUCAGAAGUACCUAUUUAUUUAUACAUCCUAAAGUUAUUUUUACUUUAUUACGUUGCACAAUAAAAACUUGUCCGUUCAUUUUUAAUUUAUACCUUUUAUACGAGUAGUUAUAAGGUAUUAGUAAUUUGCACGUUAUAAACAUGUCCAGGGGCAUGGAAACAGAUACACAGUCAAAGUGCGUUUAAUAUACGCGUGCCUAUUGCUUUUUCCCAUCAACUUACUUCCAGUAUAUUUUCUAUCAGCGAGAAUGAAAAUUUGAAAAGAUGACAUCAUUCGUGAAAAAGGGUUCAUUUCUGGCACUUGCCCUGCUACUUAAGAUAUUGAAAAUAUUUUGCCAGUUUUAUUUUAUAAAAUUUUACUUCAAAAAGCCAAAACGAUGUCCCACAAUUACCAAUCCAUUAUUAUUAAAAACGGCGAGUCAACUGAGUGAGGAAAUUCGAAAUCGGAAGAUUAGCAGCGAAUCUGUUGUGAGAGCCUACAUUUCACGAGUGAAAAACGUAAAUCCCAUAUUGAAUGCGGUCAUGGAAGAUAGGUUUGAAAUUGCCAUUCAGGAAGCUAAACUCGUAGACAUAUCACUGAUGGCAACCAAUCUGAAUUUAAAUGAAGUAAAAAAUAAUUCUCCCUUACUGGGUGUACCAAUAACUAUUAAAGAAAGCAUAGCAGUGGAGAACUUAAGUAACACCGGGGGCGCUACGGGUUUAAAGGGUGUUAAAGCCACAGAAGAUGCGGAUGUUGUAAAACUUCUCAGGAUAAGCGGUGCCAUAGUAUUACUAGUAUCAACUACACCGGAGUACUGCGUAAGCCUUGAAACCUACAACAAGAUCAGUGGUACCACGUAUAAUCCUUACGACACCAGAAGAACAGCAGGAGGUUCUUCUGGAGGGGAGGCGGCACUUAUAUCUUCCGGUGCAUCUCUAAUCGGAAUUGGUUCGGAUCUUAUAGGUUCAGUAAGGUUACCCGCAUGUUUCUGCGGUAUAUGGGGUCACAAAUUUUCACGCGAAAUAGUGUCUACACGAGGCCACAUUCCUACGUCAGAAGAUGCCACUUUCAAAAGCAUGUUUACCUUUGGGCCACUAACUCGGUACUACACCGACUUACCUCUACUUUUCAAUAUCAUAGUCGAAAAAAAUUCCAAAUCUGCUAUCUCCCUAAAUAGCCCGGUCGAUUUAAAAAACGUUAAGGUGUGCUUUUUGAAAGAUUAUAGUGUGUUUCGUUUCUGUCGAAAACCGGAACCGGAAAUCUUAUUCGCUAUUAACAAAAUUGUAAAACAUCUAGAGUGUACUUGUAUGUGUAAGCCUGAACUGAUUAAACUACCAAAGACAGGAGGGUACUCUUUUCUUUACAUGGAAAAACUUGGAAGUAUCAAAGGUGUUGAGGAUAUUCUGGAAAACUAUUCGGGAAACUAUUUUAAGGAGUUACUUUUACAUUUGAUUGGAAAAUCACAUAUUACCUUUACACACACGUGUUUAGGAAUACUGAAUUGCGUGUACAGGUGUUUAGGUUCAACAGACAAUAGUGACGAACACGUAAAUACGAUAAGGAACCAGCUACAAGAUACAUUGGGUUCCAAUGGCGUCUUGUUACUUCCAACGCAUCCAACUGCAGCAAACUUUCAUGGCGGAGUUACUAGUAAACUUUAUGACUAUGGAUACACUGCGAUAAUCAACAUACUAGGUUUACCUGCGACACAGUGCCCAGUCGGCUUAAAUUCGGCUGGUCUGCCCUUAGGGGUUCAAGUAAUUUCGGCCACAUGUAAUGAUAGGUUAACACUGCGAGUAGCAGAGGAAAUCGACAAAUUAUUUGGAGGAUGGAUACCGCCUCCUUUUUCUGAAUAAAUGGUUUUGUAUGCAAGUAAUCACCACGUCAAUAUGACUUUAACCAUGUUGUACUAAUGUAUUAUAUUUUGUAUCCAUAUCAUUAUAGCUGUUGCUUUGGUACUUCUUUUUAGACUCAAAAACUUGUAAACAUAUUGUAUUUCGUAUUAAAAACAAACUACUUGGUAUUAGCA